AUGGCUGUGGUCAACCACACCAGUGUCAACCACAUUGUCUUCUAUCUGCUGGGCAUUCCAGGACGAGAAGACUUACACAUAUGGAUUUCCAUCCCUUUUUUCAUCUCCUACGUCUUUGCUCUUCUUGGAAAUGGUCUGCUCAUCUUCAUUAUCCUGACAAAGAGCAGCCUCCACGAACCCAUGUAUCUUUUCCUCUGUAUGCUGGCUGGAGUUGACAUUGUCUUUGCCAGCACCACAGAACCCAAAGCGUUGGCUAUUUUCUGGUGCAACAAUAGGGAAAUUUCUCUUAAUGGUUGUAUUGCCCAACUCUACUUCCAGCAUUCCUCCUUCAUUUCUGAGUCAGGCAUCUUGCUGAUGAUGGCAUUUGACCGCUAUGUUGCUAUAUGUUACCCACUGAGAUACACCAUGAUACUCACCCACUCUCUGAUUGGAAAAAUUGGUGUGGCUGUGUUCUUAAGAGCACAUUGUACAAUUUUCCCCAUGAUAUUUCUUCUAAAAAGACUACGUUUUUGCAGAAAUAACAUCCUCCCACACACAUUUUGUGAACACAUUGGCUUGGCCAAGUAUGCCUGUGAUGACAUCCGAGUAAACAUCUGGUAUGGUUUUUUUGUCUUAAUGUCCACAGUGAUCCUAGAUAUUGUUCUCAUUCUCAUUUCCUAUGUUCUGAUUCUCUGUGCUGUCUUCCACAUCCCUUCCCAAGAUGCUCGCCACAAAGCUCUCAACACAUGUGGCUCCCAUGUCUGUGUCAUCAUCCUCUUCUAUGGGCCUGGGGUCUUCUCAGUCCUCACUCAGCGCUUUGGACGCCACAUCCCACUGCAUAUCCAUAUCUUGCUGGCCAAUGUCAGCAUGCUGGCUCCACCUAUGCUGAAUCCUGUCAUUUACGGGGUCAAGACAAAACAGAUACGAGACCAAGUGGUUUAUGUGUUAUUUUCAAAGCAGAAAUGA